CUCAGUAAAUACCCCCUCCUGAAAAAACAAAAUAAAAAUACCCCCUCCUUCGAUCUCUGCCAUAGACCCACGGACGGUGACGGAGUCUGCGAAGAUGAAUGUCAACUGCGCAUCGAAGGUGGCCGCGAUUUUCUUCUUGCUGGCGCUGUUUGCCUUAGCUUCAGCGAAGAAGUCAGGCGAUGUGACCGAGUUACAGAUCGGCGUAAAGUAUAAGCCUGAAUCUUGUGAAAUCAAGGCUCACAAGGGAGAUAGAGUCAAAGUACAUUAUCGGGGAAAACUCACGGAUGGAACUGUGUUCGAUUCCAGCUUUGAAAGAGGUGAUCCAAUUGAAUUUGAGCUUGGAACUGGUCAAGUUAUCAAAGGAUGGGACCAAGGACUUUUAGGAAUGUGUGUAGGUGAGAAGCGAAAGCUGAAAAUACCUGCAAAACUUGGUUAUGGGCCUCAGGGUUCCCCACCUAAGAUCCCAGGCGGAGCAACACUGAUAUUUGACACAGAGCUUGUUGCGGUGAAUGGAAAAGCACCAAAUGGAGGGCAAGCAAGUGAUAGCGAGCUAUAGUCACUAGUCAGAGCUGUUGAUCCUUCUCAUUUUUCAUAUUUUGCGUGGUAGCUUGUUCUGGUUGCUCAAAACAUGGUCACCGAUACCAAACAAGCCAGACAAUAGUUGGAUAAGAUAACUGCUUCUCUGGCUACAUAAACUAGGCCUUUGAAUUUUAAUCGGACUCUUCAUGAAAUUCAGAACUGAGGUGAUGCUUA